UGCUGCCUCCCAGGGCAGCCCCUCCCUCUAAGCCUCCCUGUAAGUGUCCUGCUCCUAGAGCUGAACAGUGAACUCAGGGAGGGAUUGCUGGGCUGUUCUCAGCCCCUGGCCCCCUGCCCACUCAACACACAUGGAUACCUGAGCCCCUCAGAUACCUAUGCCUCCCCCUUCAGACACUGGUCAGGGCUAAGCCUCCUCCCUCAGGCUCCCCAGACAUCGCUCUACACAUCAACCCCCACUUCCUCUCCUCCACCUGGUGCCCCCACCACUGUCCUUAACCAUCUCAGGUUGAGUCAGCCUGAGCCUGGGUCAGACGGCUGAGCAGUGGGGGCAGGAGGAGCUCCCCACUUCUCCAGUGACCCCUCCCCCUCCGGAGGUGAGCUGCUGCCCUGGGUGGAGGUCCUGUGCAGCUCUGCUCCUAGGAAGGCCAGCUCAGGGGCAGGAGAGGCAACAGAAAACCCUGGAAACCAAGACCGGGCAAGGCAGGCGGCUCCACCCUGCCUGGGGCGAGCCACCCCGGGCCUCAGUCUGCCCCGCGGGACCGUGAUGAACACCACGGAGGCCCCGGCUGAGGCCCCCGAAUCCUGCCAACAGCUGGCGGCUGGCGGGCACAGCCGGCUCAUCAUCCUGCACUACAACCACUCGGGCCGGCUGGCAGGGCGGGGCGGGCCGGAGGAGGGCGGCCUGGGACUGCUGCGCGGGCUCUUCGUGGCGGUCAGCUGCCUGGUGGUGCUGGAGAACCUGCUGGUGCUGGUGGCCAUCGCCAGCCGCAUGAGGUCACGGCGCUGGGUCUACUACUGCUUGGUGAACAUCACGCUCAGUGACCUGCUCACCGGCGCUGCAUACCUGGCCAAUGUCCUGCUGUCAGGGGCCCAUACCUUCCGCUUGGCGCCGGCCCAGUGGUUUCUGCGCGAGGGCCUGCUCUUCAUGGCGCUGGCCGCCUCCACCUUCAGCCUGCUCUUCACAGCCGGCGAGCGCUUCGCCACCAUGGUGCGGCCGGUGGCCGAGAGCGGGGCCACCAAGAGGGGCCGCGUGUGCAGCUUCAUCGGGCUGUGCUGGCUGCUGGCCACCCUGCUGGGCCUGCUGCCCCUACUGGGCUGGAACUGCGUGUGUGCCUUCCAGCGCUGCUCCAGCCUGCUCCCGCUCUACUCCAAGGACUACAUCCUCUUCUGCGUGGUGGUCUUCGCCUGCAUCCUGGCCACCAUCACGGUGCUCUACGGAGCCAUCUUCCGGGUGGUGCGGGCCAACGGGCAGAAGGCCAUGCGCGCCCCCGCCCGCCGCAAGGCCCGCUCGCUGCUUAACACGGUGCUCAUGAUUUUGGUGGCCUUCGUGGUGUGCUGGGGCCCGCUCUUCGGCCUGCUGCUGGCCGACAUCUUCGGCUCCAACGUCUGGGCCCAGGAGUACCUGCGGGGCAUGGAGUGGAUUCUGACGCUAGCUGUGCUCAACUCAGGCAUCAACCCGCUCAUCUACUCCUUCCGCAGCCGGGACGUGCGCCGGGCUGUGCUGAGCUUCCUCUGUUGCCCGUGUCUACGGCUCGGCCUGCGAGGACCUGGGGACUGCCUGGCGCAGGCGGCGGAGGCUCAAUCUGGAGCCUCCAACACCGACAGCUCGCUGAGGCCAAGGGACAGCUUUCGCGGCUCGCGCUCGCUCAGCUUCCGGAUGCGGGAGCCUCUGUCCAGCAUCUCCAGCGUGCGGAGCGUCUGAGCCCAUGGCUGGGGCGGUGGUCCAUCCACGUGGUGCGCGCUGGCGCGCAGGGGAGCUGCAGGCGGCCCGCCUGCCGCGUGGAGAUGAAGGAAUUGGGCAACUGGGAACGUGCAUUCCAGGGCCCCGUGGUCUUCCCCGAAGCCUCCUGCAGCUGCUGAUGCAGAGCUCGUUUCCCACAGUUUGCUGGGAGCGAGAGGCAACUGCUCUUUGGAACCAAGAGCUUCCUGGAAUGGGGUUGAAUGAGGUUGUUGUGUAUGGCGCCCCUCCCCCCGCGUUCCUGCCCCCGUGUGAUUCUGAGGCAGUUCCAACCCCUCUCUGGGCCUUAGUGGGGCUCCCAGGCUGCAAGGACUGGGCCAUGGCAUCCAUGCCCAGACAAAACGGAAGGUCAAUGAGAGGAUGAGAUGUUGCAGCUUCUCCUUAAUCACAGGUGGCACCCAGGUGAUGGGAUGAGGGCUGUGGUUCUGCUUGAGCUGUACUGGGGGCCCAGGAGGGCCAUGAGUCCGUGGGCUUGGGGAGUGUGGUUGUGACAGAAAGUGGUGGAGUAUGGGGGGGGGGGGGCGUGUGUGUGUGUGUGUGUGUGUGUGUGUGUGUGUGAGAGAGAGAGGCUGAGGGCGGAACAAGCUGUGCCUAUGGGUAUGUGCUCAUGUGCCCGUGUGUGCACAGACAUAGCUUGCCAUACACAUGUGUGUGACCAAUCCACUCUGUUGGUGUGUGGUGAGUGUUUCUGGAGGCUGCCAGGCAGUGGGGAGGAGGAGGCUGUGACAUUGACACCCGCCCCUUCUCGCUCACUUCCCCUUUCCCUGCCUUAUGUCUCAUCUUAGGUUCCAGGCAGCCUCCUUUCCCCACCUCUGGCCUCUGCAUCUUUUGGGCCUCAGCCUGGGGGCCAGCAGCGGGGGACCUGCCUGGCCCUCCUGGCCUCAUUCAGGGAAUCUCACCCACAUCUGUAGAGUUCCCUUUAGCACUAAUUGCCUCGCCCUUCCCCAUCUGUAAAAUGGGCUGAUAGGGGACAGACCCCCCCCCCACCACAGGAGGCUGUCAGUUACUCGCUCAGGGCUCUUGUGGCAGCACAUGGCAUCAGGGUGUGCAACCAAAUGUCCAUCGAUGGAGGGAAUGUUUACAUCUGUGCCAUCCAGCAUGGGACCCCCACAUGACUACUGAGCCCUUGAUAAAUGUCCAGUGCUACUGAAGAACUGAACUUGGACUCCAUUUGCAUUUGAAUGGCCUGUGAGACUCCAGGCAGCAGUACGGGACAGUGUAGGGGUUCACCCUCCAUAUGUAGCCACCUUUGGCUGGUAGGAAGUUCUCUGUCUUCAUCCUCCCAGCCAAGACAGUGGCCUCCAAUUCUCCUCUGCAGGAUGGAGGAUGCGGUGAUGGGAAAGCAUUUUCCUGUGCUGUCCAGGAAAGCAGGCAUUAGCCACAUGUGGCUACUUAAAAUGAAUUAAAAUGUAUUUUAAAA